AUGUAUUCUGUUCUCUUGGUUUUAGACAAUCAAAAAAGAGCAGGUGUAUUAGAAUCCAACCCAUACGUAUUUGGUAUUUCGAAUGGUUCGCUUACGAAUAAUCAUCUAAGUACUUGCGCUUUGAUGCGAAAAUUUUCCGAAACAAGUAAUGUUGAAAAUUCCUAUUCAUUAAGGGGAACACAGCUUAGAAAACAUCUUGCAACUGAAUCUGCUCCACGUAAUUUAAAUGAUUUGCAAGGUAAUGGUUUAGCGAAUUUUAUGAAACAUCAUACAAAUAUUCAACUGGGUCAUUAUCGGCUGGCAGUUCCAGUUAGAAAAACAACGGAAGUGUUAAAGUCGCUUCAAAUGGGAGUUGGCCAUCAAAAUGAAACAAUAAGAACUGAAAAUAGUAGUGUAGAUUUAAACAGCGAAAUUCAAAGUGAAACUAAAGCUAAUCAAAAUGUUAGAGGCAACAAAGAUUAUUGGAACAACAGCAGUGAUGAAACCUUAUAA